AUGGCUACGGGGAUAGAGGCUAGAUCACACCCUACCAUCCAGGAUAACAGGCUACGAGAGACUCUAGCGUCAAAGUCAAAGACGGCCCAAAAUGGUAUUGCAGCUGACGAUGAUUGGGAGGUGGUGCACCGCGAUAAGAUGAGUCAGGAGAGAAAACGUGCCGCGCAGUCGAUACAGCAGCUUCGUGCCGAUACUACCAGCACAAUGGACAAAAUCCGCGAAUUAGAAGACGAAAAGGACCAACUAACGCGCAAGAGCCAAGAGCUAGAGAAUGAGGCUCGACGGCUAAGACAAGAGAUUAAGGCCACAGCCGGGACUCAGGACCAGACGGCAUGGAAUGAUAUCCAGCCCGUGCUUCAAUAG